AAAAAAUAAGUUGUAAGACUGCCGACUGGGUUGUAAUCCACUGGAUCUGGAUCCUUAGACCCUCAAGUAAAAUGUCGCUGAAUCCGCAAUACGAGAACAUUGGCAAGGCAUUCGUGCAGCAGUACUAUGCCAUUUUCGACGACCCACCAAAUCGGGCGAACGUGAUUAAUUUCUACGACGCUACGAACUCCUUCAUGACCUUCGAGGGCCAACAAAUCCAGGGAGCAACCAAGAUCAUAGAAAAAAUUCAGGCUCUGAGCUUCCAGAACAUUGCCCGCGUGAUAACCGCAGUAGAUUCGCAGCCCACUUUCGACGGCGGAGUAAUAGUCAAUGUCCUUGGAAGACUAAAGUGCGAUGAGGAUCCCCCGCACUCCUUCGCGCAGGUCUUUCUCCUGAAGCCCAAUGCCGGCUCUUUCUUCGUGGCCCACGACAUCUUCCGCCUGAACAUCCACAACGCUGCCUAGGAGCCGUUUAGCUGGAUAUAUAUCCAAUAAACAUAUAUUUUUAUGUAUCAACACCACUCGGCAACACAAAAAAGGUUUUCAACGACACCAAUCACUGUUUACAAAACAAUACAAUUACAUAUUUUACAAAUUGCUUCUGUUUUGGAAGUAAAAAAAAAAUGUAGCCGAGUGCCUCGAUAAGGAUCCAAUCGAAAAACAAUACUAAAUACAGAUAGGAAUUAAUGAUAGUGGAUAUUAGUUGGCUCUUGUGAAUAAAUCUUAAAAAACUAAAAAAAUGUAUUUAUGUAGUUACUUAAAUCUACAUGGUAUACAUUUGUAUGUAUAUUGUCCCCACCUAAAAGUAUACUUUGCGUUGUCAUAGCUUCAAAUGUAAUAUUUUAUUUGGUCGCAAAGCUGCAAAGAACCUAAAUUGUA